GAAGAGUUAGCGUAUGCACAACCUGAAGUUAUAGACUACUCUUGGAAUGCUUCCACGUCAUCAACUUUUUAUAGUAAUGCUUCUAGCUCCUCGUUGCAUCAAGAAUUACCAUUAUUAUAAGAUACGAGACUACGGCAAAGAAGAAAAUGGUAGUGACUACUAUGCUGAACUACUACUUGUUUGUUAUCAUAACUGGAUGGUUAUUAAUGACAACAUCGUCAACAGUACUAGCUAUAUUUGUCAAACCUGGCUGUCCAGAAAAGUGCGGAAACAUAAUUAUCCCAUUCCCAUUCGGAAUUGGAUCGUCCAAUUGUUAUUUUGACAAAUGGUACGAAAUCUCAUGCCGCAACUCUACUACGCCUUUCCUCAAACACAUUCAACUACAGGUACUUAACAUUUCGUUACAUGAUGACGACAACGACAAUAGACCAUCCGAAUGGGUUCAGGUGAGAAGCCCCAUCAGUUUCUUCAACUGUGCAAAUAAGACAAGCAAAAAAUCAGCAAAUUUAACAGGAACCCCAUUUUCCUAUUCAUCUUCCAAUGAAUUCAUCGCAGUAAGUUGUGGUGCUUUUGCCAAGUACGAAACAAGGACAGGUAACAGGCUCGUCCAGGAUGGGUGCAGUAGCAGCAACUCCACAUGCUCGUCAUCAUCAUCAUCAUCCAAUAGUAUUGAUUUUAGUAAUUGCGACGAUGGCGUUAAAUGUUGUCGUACUUCUUUCUCUAUGGGUAGUGGUGGCAGCUACAAAAUCUCCAUGGAUAAUGAUUCUAGUACGACUCUUGCAACAAAUCGUGAUAAUGAAUAUUGCAAAUAUGCAUUCCUGAUUGAUCCUUAUGAAAUUGAUAAAUACAAAACAUCCCAUGAUCCUUAUUAUGUUCCCGCCCUCCUAAGUUGGUCCCUUAAUGUUACGUAUUUUGACAUAUUUAAAACACAUGUUUUGCCAACCACAUCUAGAUCUAGUAGCUUCGACUGCGAUGGCUAUGAUGUUAUUACUUUAAAUUCCUCUCUAAAUCGGAUAUACCGCUGUCGCUGCAGUAAUGGAUUUCGAGGGAGUGCAUACAUUCAGGGCGGGUGUCAAGAUAUUAAUGAAUGCAAUGAUGAGAAAAUCCCGAAUCCAUGUCAUGGAGGCAGUACUUGCGUCAACACUAUUGGGGGCUAUCGUUGUAGUUACAAGAGCAAAUUUAUCCUUAUAGGAGUUGGGAGUGCUCUUGGAGUCUUAGUACUUGUUUUUGGUACAUGGAGACUAUACAAAUUCAUAAAGAAAAGAAAAGAAAUUAAACAGAAGAAAAUAUUUUUCAAACGAAAUGGUGGCCUUUUGUUGGAACAGCAAAUACACUCAAGUGAAAACAAUGUCGAGCAAACCAAGGUGUUCGAUGCAAAAGAGUUAGAGAAGGUAACAAAUAACUUUAGUAUAGACAGAGUUCUUGGACAAGGAGGUCAAGGCACUGUGUACAAAGGAAUGUUGGAAGAUGGAAAGAUUGUUGCGAUAAAAAAGUCUAAAAUAAUUGAUGAAGCCAAACUCUCUGAAUUCAUUAAUGAAGUUGUUAUUCUUACGCAAAUCAAUCAUAGAAAUGUUGUCAAGCUAUUGGGAUGUUGUUUGGAGACAGAUGUUCCACUUCUAGUUUAUGAAUUCGUCCCAAACGGAACCCUUUCUGAGUAUAUUCAUAACAAAAAUGCAGAGUUUCCUUUUACAUGGAGCAUGCGAUUACGAAUUGCAACUGAGAUUGCGGGAGCUCUCUCAUACUUACACUCAGCAGCUUCUUUUCCAAUUUAUCAUCGAGAUGUUAAGUCUACAAACAUACUCCUUGAUGAAAAAUUGAGAGCUAAAGUUGCAGACUUUGGUACAUCAAGAACUAUUUCCUUAGAGCAAACACACUUGACCACUGUAGUUUAUGGCACAUUUGGUUAUCUAGAUCCAGAAUAUUUUCAAACAAGCCAAUUUACAGAUAAGAGUGAUGUUUAUAGUUUUGGAGUGAUUCUUGUUGAGCUCUUGACUGGACAAAAAGCAAUAUCUGCAGCAAGAUCAGAGGAAGGAAGAAGUUUGGCGACAUAUUUUAUAAUGACAAUGGAGGAAAAUAGCAGUAGUCUGUUUGACAUUCUUGAUGGUCAAGUUCUCAAAGAAGCGUCAAAAGAAGAGAUCAUAGUUGUUGCUGAUCUUGCACAGAGAUGCUUACAUUUGAGCGGAAGGAAUCGACCUACCAUGAAAGAAGUAGCAAAGGAGCUAGAAAGGAUACAAGUCGUUGAUAAUAAAGAUUCAAAGGGCAGUCAACAUAAUUACGAAGAGUUGGCAUAUGCACAACCUGAAUUUAUAGACUACUCUUGGAAUGCUUCCACGUUAUCAACUUUUGAUAGUAAUGCUACUAGCUCCUCAUUGCAUCAAGAAUUACAAUUAUUUUAAGCUCUCAGCUCACAUUAUUCUCACGCACCCCACUGUGAAAUAUAUAUAUUGCUUUUGGAUUGAAGUUGGUUCUGAUGAGUUGGACUUUAUUGUGUGGAGUUAUCAACUUUUUAUUUCAUGAGACUUUGUUUUGAACAUUUUAUAUAUGGACUUUAUUAUACAUGUACGAGACUUUGAAUAUUUUAGACUUGUAGACUUGUAUAAGUGUGAGAUUUUAGAUAAUUUAGACUUGUAAUCUUUAUGUUGAAUAUUAUGUAUAUUGUAGACUUUAUUAUGCCGGUACGA